AUGUGCCUUCUCAUGCCUAUCGGCGCGGAGAUCCAGGCAUAUUACGAGCAGGUUGUAAGCAAGCACGGAUUAGACGAUUCGGUCCACCUCGAACACGAGAUUCUCAAGGCGACUUGGCUUUCAGAAGCAUCUCAGUGGGCCGUUGAGAUUCGCGACUUGAGAAGCGGGGAUGUGUUCGUCAACACAGCGGCGUUUUUCGUGAACGCGCAAGGUCGCAUCAGCAACCCAAAGUUCCCCAAAAUUCCUGGACUUCAAAACAUCUUCCGAGGAAAGGUCGUCCAUACUGCACGGUGGCCUGAAGGUUUCAAAAUUACAGGAAAGAGGGUGGCUGUGAUUGGAAAUGGUGCCUCCGGUCAGCAGAUCUUGCCAAAUAUCCUCACUGAAGUUUCUCAUAUAGACCAUUACGUUCGCACCAAAACGUGGGUUACUCCAACUUUCGCUGGAAAGCUUCAUGAGGCAACAGCAGAUGCUCCUGGAGGUCCAAAGUACACUGAUCAGGAGAGACAACGCUUUCGAGAAGAUCCAGCCUACUAUCUUGAGCAUCGCAGAGCUUUCGAGAGAAAGUUUCACAAUCGUUUUGCGGCAGAUGUUAUUGGAAGCAAAGAAAAUGCCGAGCAACGGGAAAAUAUUAUCAAAGGUAUGAGGGAGCGGCUCAACGGGGACGAAGACUGGCUUCAGCGAGUCCUCCCUGACUAUGCACCGGGAUGCAAACGGUUGACCCCCGCGCCGGGAUACCUAGAAGGGCUACAGUCGGAGAAGGUGGACUAUGUGACGGAUUCCAUUGUGUCUGUCGAUGAAACAGGCAUCGUUACAACCGAUGGCAAGCGACGAGAGGUGGACAUGAUCAUCGCAGCAACGGGAUUUGAUACGACCUAUUCUGCGGCAUUCCCCCUGGUCGGGAAUGAUGGCAUCGAUCUGCGCGAGAAGUGGGCACCGGAUGGCAAAAUUGGGUAUCCAGAGACGUACCUGGGCAUCAUGGCACCAGGAUUCCCAAACUACUUCACAGUUCUGCAGGCCCAAGGCAACGCUCGCGGGGGGACCGUACCACUGCAGAUUGAGAUUGCAGCCACCUACAUCGCAAAGUGCAUCCGCAAUGUUCAAACUCAGAGCUAUGCUUCCCUCGAUCCACGCGAGGAAGCUGCACGGGAUUUCAACGACAUAGCCAACGGCUACUUCGACAACAAGGUGACGACUGAUAAGUGCAAUAGCUGGUUCAAGCAGGGAGCCGGCGCGACUCACGUGCUUAUCGCGUGGCCGGGAACAUUCCAUCACCGCGCCGACAUUCUUCGCGACCCCAGAUGGGAGGACUUCCAGUUCAUCCGGAGGCCUGGGGCUGAGAAGAAUCGGUUCGAGUACUUCGGCAACGGGCUGACAGCCAGAGAAGUGAGGAGAGAUGAGGAGGAUAUUACAGGCUAUUUAAGGGAGAUUGGAAAGAUCGAUAUCGCGACACUACAUGAAGCUUGGAACACGUAG